AUGUCUGACCGAAACGUCUGCAAUGCUGGUUUCACUUCCUCCGGGAUCUCAAGAGGAUCUCUUGCUUCAUCUAUGAUGUCCAGCGAAGCGAAAGCAUCUGGGGGAGGCGUGCGUUCUGGAGGCCCUACUUCUACUCUCCAAGGAAUGGGUGCCAAAUGCUCAACCCAUUCAUCAGGUUUUACCAGCAGCGGCAUCUCUGGAGGAUCCCGGGCCUCCGAGAUGAUGUCCAAGGAGGCCAGAACCCAUGGAGGUGGAACUCCCAGGGGCGGUACAACUGCCACUGUCCAGUCCAUCUCAACAGGUGGCAAAGGAGGAAGGCGCUGA